CCACUAGUCACCUUUCUUCUUUUUUCCUCUGUAUUUAGCACAUUAAUAUCUUCUUCACUUGCUUUACCAAAAGAAGAGAGUUGGAAAAAUGGAGUCAGUCCUUCUGUAUACAGCUCCAGCAACUACAAGUAGUAGCAGCAGGGAGACAUUCUUGCCACCACUUGAUGCUCCUUUUCAUCUUCCAUUUUCGAGAAGCUACGUGAAGUGUUGGGGGUUUUCGUUAUCCUUCAGAAAGCCUAGGAAAUGCAAAGUCUUUAGUUGCAAUGUGAAAGUAGAGGAUGAGGCUUGUGAAUUGGUUAACGGAGUUGAGCUUUCCAUUGAGGAUGGAGUUGAUAGCAUCGAUGCUUAUCUUUGCAACGCGGUAAAGAACAACAAUGGUACUGGCAUUUUGCUCUUAUCUGAUAUCUUUGGCUAUGAGGAUUCAUUUACCAGAGAUUUUGCAUAUCGUGUUGCAUGCAACGGGUACAAUGUUCUGGUACCGGAUCUGUUUCGUGGCAAUCCAUGGGGAAAGGACAAACCUCAGGCUUCGUUUGAGCAAUGGUGUGGUAGUCUAGACAAACAACGGGUUGUAAGAGACAUAUUCACAUCGACGAAAUGGAUGGUCAAUGAAUUUGUGGCUGCAGGAAUCUCAAAGAAGUUUGGUGUCAUUGGAUUUUGCUUUGGAGGUGGCCUAUUAAUAGACAUAUUGGCUCAAGACCAGGGUUCUCAGUUUGGUGUUGGAAUCUCAUUCUAUGGCACACGGAUUGACGUAUCUGUUGCUAGCAAGAUUAAGGUUCCACUACUACUCAUUGCAGGCGAUAACGAUUCACUUUGUUCUGUAAAUGUAUUGAAGGAGGUUGAGGAAAAUGCUAAUGGUUGCAAAGUGGUGGUUUUUGAGGGACGGGGUCAUGGUUUUGCCCAUCGACCUCAAUCUUUAGACGACGAUAAAGAUGCAGAAGAGGCUUUCUUGAUGAUGAGAAACUGGCUGCAUGAUGGCUUAGUUUCUGAAAAUUGAUACUAUUGCUGUGAAUAGUCUUAUUUGGUGAAAUAAAUUCUUGCCAAUUCGAAACUUCC